AUGUUCUUCUUCGGUGUUCCCCUUCGUAUUACCACCAAUCAAGGGAGGCAAUUUGAGUCACAUCUGUUCAAGCAUCUCAACAGCUUGGCAGGUACCACUCACUUGAGGACAACUGCCUACCACCCAGCAGCCAACGGCAUGGUCGAGCGCUUCCACCGACAGCUCAAGGCAGCCAUUAAGUGCCACGAUAACUCCAGAUGGACACAAGUGCUCCCCACCGUUCUCUUGAGCAUUCGGGCAGCCUGGAAGGAGGAUCUCCAGGCAUCAGCAGCCGAGCUGGCGUACGGCGAACCCCUUCGUCUGCCUGGAGACUUCCUUGCCCCUACAGGAGUCAGCCACCAAGACGAUCCGGCAGACUACGUGAAGGACCUACGCCAGCACUUCGCCGACUUGCGCCCCGCCAAGGUCAAACGCCACGGAGAACACAAAACCUUCAUGUUCAAGGAUCUGGCCACGGCGGAACAAGUCUUUGUCAGGCACGACGCUCCAAAAGGACCUUUCCAGAUGCCCUACCAAGGACCCUUCAAGGUCAUUCACCGCAACACGAAGAUGUUCAUCGUUCACAUCAAGAGCAAGGACGUGAACGUCUCCAUCGACAGACUGAAACCGGCUUACGUCAUCGCUGAUGACCAGCCAGGCCUUCAGCACCCCAGCCCAAGGACACCUACUCCCGAGUAUAUACUACUGUUUUGUGAAGUUACACAGCUCUUCCAGGCAUGA